AUGGCUCCCACAAACCCCGACGAAACAGUCCAUUUCCUCCUAAGCUGUAUCCGCUACUCAAACAGCGGCAAGGUCGACUUCAACGAAGUCGCCAAAGAAUGCAACAUCGUCAGCAGAGGAGCCGCCGCAAAACGCUACGAACGCUUGCUCAAGGCCUACAAUGAAGCAGCGAAGGAGACCACGACCACAACCACCGCCGGCUCCGAACCCGACGCAGGAGCAGCUUCUCCAGACUCUUCCCCCAAGAAACCCAAACCUGCCAAGGCCGGUUCUCCUAAGGAGACCAAAGCCAAGCAGGCGGGCGAGAGUGACAGUGCGAGCUCACCCGCGAAGCGCAAGCCUGCAGGGCAGAGUAGCAAGGUCAGAGCCAAGAGAGCUCGGGUGGCGAAGGAGACUGUCCUUGAGAGCGCACACAGAGUGAUUGAGCAGAGGUUGAGCCCUGUGGAGGAGGAAGAGGUGUCUGAUGCUGAAGAGGAGAAGGGACUGGGCGCUGACGCUGAUGCUACUGCUGUCGACGGUGAGACGCUGUUCGACUAG